AUGAUAUCUAUAAUUGGAGUUUUUUCAUUCCUUCUAUUCGUGAUCAGCUUCGCUAUUGCCGAUGGUAUAGCUUACCAAGAUAUACUUUCCAACAUGGUUGUGGGCAAUAUUGCCGUGAACGACGGCAGUAGCGCUCAACUCGAUUAUUACAGCGAACAGCCAUACAAUGCCACUCUUGACGUGUCUAUGGCUAGUCUCAACAAUGGUGGCGUAUUGGCAGAUGCCGUUGAGCUGUAUAACUAUGCAGUAGCGGGCGCCAAAUGGGGCGAUGCUACGUUCUUCAAGAUCUUCAUUCAGUAUAAUGGUCAGGCCCACAACUAUUUAACUCUCCGUGACGUGGCGCUCGACUUGUCUACCCUGGCUGCCGGCAACCAGACCGUCAUCGAUGCUUGGGCGGACACUACUACCAAUGAGAAGCUGGCAGCAUUGUACGGUAGCCUUCCAAAGUAUAGCGCGUGA